UUAGGACGUUAACGAAAUUCUGUGACCCGGAAGUACUUUCUUUUUAGUGUUGCUGACAGAGAAGGAGAUCUCUAGCGACUGGUUCGUGACAGGGAAAAUAGAAAGAAAGCAAUUGUUGAGAUGAAUAGUGAAAACUUUUCCAUAAGUGAGAAGAUUGUGUCGCCAUCAUACAUUCGCCAGGGGUCACAGGCACGUCGCAGUCAUGAGCAACUGAUUAGACUGCUUUUGGAACAGGGCAAAUGUCCUGAGGAGGGAUGGAGCGAGAGCACAAUAGAACUCUUCCUGAAUGAAUUGGCUGUGAUGGACAGCAACAACUUCUUGGGAAAUUGUGGCGUUGGCGAGAGGGAGGGCAGAGUGGCCUCUAGUCUGGUGGCCCGACGACAUUACAGGUUAAUCCAUGGGAUAGGACGAUCUGGUGACAUUGCUGCAAUUCAACCCAAGGCUACAGGUUCCAGUCUGCUGAACAAGCUGACUAAUUCAGUUGUGCUGGACAUUUUAAAACUUUCAGGUGUGCGAAGUGUGGCCAGUUGUUUCGUAGUUCCAAUGGCAACAGGGAUGAGCCUGACACUGUGCUUCCUAACACUUCGCCACAAGAGACCAAAGGGGCGCUACAUCAUCUGGCCCCGCAUUGACCAGAAGUCCUGUUUCAAAGCCAUGAUCACUGCAGGGUUUGAACCAGUGGUGGUUGAGAACAUUUUGGAGGGUGAUGAGCUGAGAACAGAUAUGGAAGCUGUGGAACGUAAGGUGCAAGAACUGGGAGCAGAGAACAUCCUUUGCGUCCACUCCACUACUUCUUGCUUUGCCCCACGUGUUCCCGACAGAUUGGAGGAGCUAGCCACUAUGUCUGCCAAAUAUGAUAUCCCCCAUAUUGUCAACAAUGCUUAUGGAGUGCAGUCAUCCAAGUGUAUGCACCUUAUUCAGCAGGGUGCUCGUGUUGGAAGAAUCGAUGCCUUUGUACAAAGCCUGGACAAAAACUUCAUGGUUCCAGUAGGUGGUGCCAUAAUUGCUGGUUUCGAUGAGUCUUUCAUUCAGGAGAUCAGCAGAAUGUAUCCAGGUCGCGCAUCAGCCUCACCCUCCCUAGAUGUGCUCAUCACCCUGCUCACCCUGGGAGCCAGCGGCUACAGGAAACUCCUGGCAGAGCAGAAGGAGAUGUACACCUACCUGGCACAGGAGCUGAAAAGGCUUGCUGCGGCUCAUGGGGAGAGACUGCUGCACACCCCACACAACCCCAUAUCACUGGCAAUGUCUCUGGAUGGCCUCCAGACACAGAGCGACAAGUCUGUGACUGAACUGGGCUCCAUGCUGUUCACCAGGCAGGUGUCGGGGGCCAGGGUGGUUGCCCUUGGUAACAAACAGAUGGUGAGCGGUCACAUGUUCUGUGGCUUCAUGUCCCACUCGGAGGCGUACCCACACCCCUAUCUCAACGCUGCCUCGGCUGUUGGCAUCACACGGAAUGACGUGACACUGUGCAUCAAAAGACUGGACAAGUGCCUGAAGAGCCUCAAGAAGGAAAGCAGUGCAAUAAGUGGGUUACCAGUGCCUCUCACAGGCCUGGAGGACCAUGCUGGAGAGUGAAUAAAAAGAUGUAGGGACUUUUUCAGAUAGUAACAUUUUAUGCCUAGUGAAAAUCUUCAAACCCCUUGCUUUCAGUUGUCACAUUUUGCUGCCUUAAAUUUGAAUCUUAAGAAGGAUUACAAUUACAGAAAUCUUCUCAAAUUAAUAAAAAAAACAAAGAUUUAUUAAUUGCAUAGGUCUUCACACCUCUUGCUGUGGCAUAUCUGAGUAAGUUCAGGAGGAAAUAAAUGUGACACCUGUGGUGUGAAGACACUGUAUAUGAGCAUAAACCUGAAAUAAAGAUUGUUGGUCCAUGGAA